AUGGAGGCCAAGGUGGCCACGACGGCCGAGCUCCGCAGCGCAGCGCGCGGGACCAAGCGGGCGAGGGCCGACGAGCACGAGAUCGCGCCAUCGAAUGUGGGCUACCGCCUCCUCGAGACGAUGGGCUGGAAGGCUGGCGAGGGCCUCGGCAAUGAGAAGCAAGGCCGGACCGCCCCUGUCGCCACGUGCUUGAAGCGCGACCGCGCUGGCUUGGGCGCAGCGCCGCUCACGUACCGCGUGACCCACAUCGAGAAGCCGCCGCAGCCGAUCGUGCAGCCGCCAAAGCGGACGCCAGCCGAGAAGCGGCAGCGCAAGGCGGCCAAGGCCCAGACAGCGCAGAAGGAGCGCAUGUACGCGCAGGAGCUCUACUCGGACGACAUUCCCGAAGAGUACAUAUCGCUCUUCCGGUGAACGUCGGCGACAGGAGACUGCAUGCCAACGCCCAUGCGCUUGCAUCGAACGACUUGCUGACGGGACCUGCGCAGCGGCCGCCAGCGCUG